AUGUCUGAGAAGGUUGCACCGAAGAUGGAACCAAGAAGAUCUUCGUCUGACGACACAGCUGUGCAUACAGGACAUCAUCACAUCGCUUCUGGAAGUAACGAGAAGAAGUCAGUCGAUCCCAAUGGAUAUAUCCCACCUAAACCUGAAGGAGCUUCAGUCGCUCAUGUAGAAGGGGAGAAUAGACCAAAACCUAAGAAGGGCGAUACAGCUGAUGGAAAACAUAUAUUACAAGAACGUGAAGCUCCUGAAGCAUUGGGAUAUGCUUGGUCACCAAGAAAGAAGUGGUUGACGCUUUCAGUCAUCUUCAUCGUUCAAUGUUCGAUGAACUUCAACGCAUCAGUGUACGCAAAUGGUAUCACAUUCUUACAAGAUAAAUUUGGCAUCUCAGCUCAAGGUGCUAGAGUUGGACAAUGUUUGUUCUUGAUUUGUUAUGCGUUUGGAUGUGAAUUAUGGGCCCCGUGGUCUGAAGAAUUAGGUAGAUGGUGGAUAUUGCAGAUUAGUUUGUUUUUGGUGAACAUCUGGCAAAUCCUUGCUGCUCUUGCACCCAAUUACGGUACUGUUGUUGCCGCUAGAGUUCUCGGCGGUUUCUCUUCUGCUGGAGGUUCAGUAACUCUUGGAAUGGUUGCCGAUUUGUAUCACCCUCAUGAACAACAGUGGGCAGUAGCAUUCAUUGUCUUUUCUUCCGUUGGGGGUUCUGUGAUUGGUCCAAUUGUUGGACCGUUCAUCGAAGCGAACUUGAGUUGGGAAUGGAUUUGUUGGACCCAACUCCUGUUUGGAGGUUUUGUUCAAAUCCUUCAUUUCUUCCUUGUUCCCGAAAGUCGAGCCACAGCUCUACUGGACAACCACGCCAAGAAACUCCGAGCUCAAGGUCAAACGAACGUUUAUGGUCCGAACGAACUACGAACCUAUAGAGAGCGGUUCACCUUCAAACAAGUCGUUCAUACAUGGAUUAGACCUUUCCAGAUGUUCUUGACUGAACCCAUCGUACUUUGUUGUUCUCUUUUAUCCGGGUUUUCCGACGCCCUGAUCUUCACUUUCCUCGAAGCAUUUGGACCUGUAUACAAACAAUGGAACUUCACCACCGAGCAAAUGGCUCUCACCUUUGUACCCAUCGCCAUCGGUUACUUUAUCGCAUAUCUGCUAUACAUUCCCCCACUCUUGUCCCAGCGAAAAGCCUUGCGUCGGGAUCCCGAUGGUACACCUCCUGAGAUCCGACUAAAGCCCCUUCUUUACCUCGCUCCUCUGGAAUGUUUGGGUUUAUUCGGAUUCGCCUGGACUUCACUCGGUCCCCCUCACUCUCAUUGGAUCGCACCCAUGAUCUUUUCGGCUAUGGUUGGUAUAGCCAAUUAUGCAAUUUAUAUGUCUACUAUCGAUUAUAUGAUUGCUGCAUAUGGACCUUAUUCUGCUUCCGCAACUGGUGGCAAUGGAUUUGCUAGAGAUUUCUUGGCUGGUAUUGCUGCCAUGUACUCCACACCAUUCUACAAUAAUAUCGGAGGGGCGUCUUACAGAUUACACUUGGAAUGGCCAUCAACUAUUCUUGCUAUCAUCGCAGGAUUCGUCACCAUCCCUAUCUUCAUCUUCUACUAUAAAGGAGCAUAUUUCCGUGAAAGAUCCAAAUUCGCUAUGACAUUAGCAGGUGAACGAAGCGAGAAAGAUGUCGAUCGAUUAGCUAAGAGCGAUAACAUGUCUGGUGGUGGCAGAACCGCCUAG